AUGGCUCCGACUACGCUCGUGACUUUUCUUGUCCGCAGUCCGCCUUCCACCAGAUCGGUUCACCUCUACGGUUCUUGGGAUAAUUUCAAGACUGCUUAUCCUAUGCAAAGGGAUGCACGCACGGGCCCGGAGCACUGGACAGGUUGCCAUAGCUUCUCCAACAUCAUCUGUGAUGGUGACGCAACAGUCAAUGGGACACCCAGACAAGGGGGACUCAUGAUGGGCGGAACGUACUGGUAUUACUACAAAUUGGACGACGAAAUCGAGUUUCACAACUCGGCAGAACCGUCAACCACUUCCUGUCCUAUGCUUCCGGGCCAGCUGGUCAACGUCUUGAAUGUUCCCUUCGCACUCACCAGCAGCAGCCGCUCCCGCAACGACAGUGUGAGCUCCAUGAGCUCCGACCAUCGCACCAUGAACCCUACAGACAAGUUUCUGAACCCUCGACCAGUGCCAGCAAAGCCAUCCCUACCCCGCCUGAGGACGUCUCCAACCUUGCCGCAACAGUCGUGGUCUUCCUCCAGCUCUCCCGCGAGUGCAUCGUCCCUCCCUAGCAGAAGAGGAAGGUCGACAUCCACCACCGCAUCUUCUCAACCUGGUGGGGCCAAUAGCCACAGAGUUGUCCGAAUGAAGCCGUCAGUUGAGGUACCUUCGAGGUCGACAUCUCGAGGGAGUAACCGCUCGGUUGGUAUCAUCGGUGCGUUCCGAGCUCUGACAUCGCCACGUCUAGCGAGCCCUGGGGCUACAAUGGAUCGAGGUCGGUGCCUCUUAGAGGAUUCAGCAUCAAGAGGUCAUUCACAGGGCGUGUCAGAACGCAGCAUCACCCCCAAGAGGACUGUACUCGAGACACCUGCUUCGAUUGCCGAGGUGGAGGAUAGCACAAUAUCUGAGCCUACAGGAGAGCUUGCCCUACGUCGGCCAAUCAACGGGCCUGACCCUUUUGGGCACCUGCCGAUUUCGUCCUUUGCAUAUCAUCGGCGCCAGCGAUCUUUAUCGCGUGAACCUUCGCCACUCCGUAGUUCGCUGCAACCAGACAUCUCGUCUAACCUAGGGACGUCAGAUGAGUCCACUGCACAGUACCAACCUCUGUCGACCUUAAAGGAGGUUGCUUCAGCAGCCAAUACCCCUGUUUGGCCUCUCACUGCGGUGAAAGUCGAGGGCGAAAAGGAGGCCAGUGACAUGCGAGCGCCUCUAGAUCUGGAGAAACGUCUACCAACUUUACCGAAUACACCAUCCUCAGCAUAUCCCCCCAGUGUUGUGGAUGAACCCUCUACCAACGAGGAGUCAGAUGGCACUGAAAACCUUCGCAGUCAUUUCUCCUGCACUACCAUCGAGACAGAACCGUACACGGAUCGCUUCUUUCACGGCCGAAGCCGCUUCUCGGAUUGGACGGACGGGACCACCAAAUUUUCACCCCAAUCGGAGCUAGGCUCGAGCAUUCUUGAUUUCGAGCCUAUAAGUCCACUACCAGACGCAGCACUCGACUUCCUAAAUGACAAUCCAAACACUAUCGAGGGCCAAACCAACAAGGAUUGUUCGGGCACAACCACCUCCAAUGCCUCCAAACCAGAGGGGCUACCCUUGGCCCUCAGUUUUUCAACUAUCAGCUCAGUUGCUUCCUCAACUGUUCCAUGCUCUUACGUGAACCCUGGCAGCGCCAAUGAUUCCCAUUUUUCCUGGACCAGCUUUCAGCACUAUAGCCUGCCCUCCGAGGAUAUCGGGUCUGGACCCAUGCAAAAACCCGCAUCGAUUGCCAAGCAUGUGUCACCUUUGGUUGUGGACGAAAACCACCGCGCCGAUGUAUAUCAGCCUCAAGUAUCGAGCUAUGACGACUCAACAAUUCCUCAUUCCACCAGUAUGCAAGAACUUCUUGCUGAAUUGAGCUAUCUGGGCGGAAUGAUUCAACAGCAUUAA